CUCGACGAUGCUUGCGCCCAGAUACCUGACCGCCCAUCCUGCAUCAACCUCGGACGUCCCCCUUCACUUGUGUCCGUGCUGGGACAACCUUUGUCGUGCUCGCCUUCCUCAAUACGUACUCUCGCCAUCAAGACUCGACAUUCUGCACACUCCGUUUCGCUACUUUUGUCGCCGACACGCGCGUCGGCUUCUUUGGAAUCCGUGCUUCGGGCCAUCGCGCUUGCGGUCUCCGACCAGCUGACGUUGCUCUUCCAAACAAAGGUGUGUGUACGCUUCCCAUGACGAACACAGCUGCGCCAUGCCAUGCCAUUUCAACCCUCUUCGUCCCUGCGCCACGCUCCCUCGGCCCCGAGGCCGGCCAGGCGCGCCAGGUGCCCCUGGAAGUCGGCUGUGCGCUGCUGGCCGGGCCUCCCACGGUUACUUUUGGUCGGUGUGAGUGCAGUGCCUGGUGGCCGGUCCUCUGGCCGGUCGCUGCGGCAGCAGCCUUCCAAAUGUAAAUGCCACGCGCUCAGUUCGGCACAAUGUGACGAGGAAGCGCCACAUACAGAUAUGCCUCCUUUGAACGAAGCUCUGACCGUGGCCUGACUAAAAGGGAGUUUGCAUCGGCCAUUUUGCCCCACGCUAUGAGGCCGCCCGCCGCUUAAUGAGGAUUCUUCGUCGCUCCACCUUCCGUCGCGCUCCAUACUGAAAAGGGGUCGCUCGUUUUAGGAAUCAGGAACCCGAAUCUCAACGUCUCGCUCUGCCAAGAUACAUACAGUACUCCGCCAUUUUAUCGUCUUCACUUUGCGCCGGAACAAAGCACGACUUCAAGGCAUUAACCGGAGCUGAGAAGCUCGGCGGACGCACAAAGGCCUUGCCACUAUGUCCUUCAAUCAUUUUCGGAAUAAGCGCCAGGCGCAUACCGUCAGCCGGUCGAGCUACGAUCAAUCGUGGAAUCCCUUUCGACAUGUCGCAUGGAACGACAGGGAGCGCCGAGCCGGUACAUGGGAUGGGGGUCGUCUGGAGGAGCAGCCCGAGGGCGAGGCCAAUUCUUUGACCCACGCCGCCACAGCGCCGACACCAGCAACCGCGACAAAUCAUACACCGCGCGACUUGUCGGCUGCGGACACCAUAUCUGACUCCGUCGUUGGAUCUGGCAAGGAGACUGAAGAUUCGCCACGAACCGAAAGCAAGGGCAAUGGCGAGGAAAAGCCGGGCUCACAACGAUCACUCGACGUCGAUGCCUCUGGGUUACGAAACCGCAAACCCGACGACGAAGUCUCCCGGCAAGACGCUGCCACGACUGCUCAAACAUCUGCUCAAACCGAUGACGACAAGAAGAAGAAGAAGGACAAGCAGACUGGUAUGUUUCGCCACGUCUACCCGAAGACGCCGUUCACGACGGCCAACCAACUCCAGCGGACAUUUCUCAAUUCAUGGAUCAAUAUCUUGCUUCUCGCCGCGCCUGUCGGAAUCGCGCUAAACUACGUCAAAUCCGUGAAUCGGAUUGCGGUCUUCGUUGUUAAUUUCAUCGCGAUCAUCCCUCUCGCCGCUAUGCUCAGCUUUGCCACCGAAGAAAUUGCGCUUCGUACGGGUGAGACACUUGGAGGACUCCUCAACGCAACGUUCGGCAAUGCUGUCGAACUCAUCGUCGCAAUCAUCGCUCUCAAAGACAAAGAGUUCACUAUUGUCAAAACGUCUCUGAUCGGAUCCAUUCUUUCCAACCUGCUCCUCGUCAUGGGUUGCUGCUUCUUCUUCGGCGGGCUUAGACGACAGGAGCAAUUCUUCAACACGACAGUCGCCCAGACCGCCGCGUCACUGCUGGCCCUCGCAGCCGCAUCCGUCAUCGUCCCAACCGUGUUCGAUUCAGCUAAGGACACGGGCCCCGAUAGGGUCGCUGCGUUGUCCCGCGGCACAGCAGUUAUUCUCCUCCUUGUAUACGCCGCCUACCUCUUUUUCCAGCUCAAGACCCACCAGUUGGUCUUCAACGAGGAGAGCCAGAAGGUCCCUGCCAAGCCCUGGAGCUCUGGCGGCCUCGGCGCUGGCGCCGUCAAGCAGGGACUCGCAAUGCCGGGUUCUCUCAUGGGGCAUGCUAUGCCAAACCAGUCCGAGAAUGAACGACUGUCGAAAAUGCUGAUGAACCCCUCCGAGAUGGCGGACGAAGACGAGGAAGAAGAACCUCAAUUGAAUUUUCUCGUCGCUCUGGGGACCUUGGCGGGCUCGACUGUCAUUAUUGCCCUCUGCGCGGAGUUCAUGGUCGACUCGAUCGACUCCGUCACCAAAGGCCCGAAUGGAACUCCUGGUCCCCUCUCUGUCGAAUUUGUUGGACUUAUCUUGUUGCCAAUCGUUGGUAACGCCGCCGAACACGCCACUGCUGUCACGGUUGCCAUUAAGGACAAGAUGGACCUUGCCAUUGGCGUAGCCGUCGGAUCCAGCAUGCAGGUUGCCUUGUUCCUGAUACCCCUUCUUGUUGUUAUCGGAUGGGGUAUGGGCUACGAGCAGAUGAACUUGAGUUUUGACAACUUCCAAGUGGCAGUCAUGUUCGUUGCGGUCCUACUCACAAACUACCUUAUUGGCGAUGGCAAGAGCCACUGGCUUGAAGGCUUCCUGCUGAUUUGCCUCUACGCCAUCAUCGCUGUCUGCUCGUUCUUUUAUCCGAAUGAGGCAGCGCUCAGCUCAGAAAAGUGAAGAAGCCGUCAACGGCAAUUUAUAUUUAUUCUGUGUUUUGACAGGCAUCUGCCGCCACCCCCCCCUUCGAUACCCAUUCUUGCACAAACAUGCUUGGCCCUUUCCUUGGCACAUACGAUUUUCUUUUCUUCCCGUGUAUUUGUUGAGACAACGGCUUCAAGGCCGUCUUGUAUCAUAUCAGACGGGGCGGAAACUCUCUGGGGGCGCGAUCUUUACGUUGGCGCGUUCACGGCGUUAUAUUGCUCAAGCGCAAGCUCAAAGGUGCGGAUGGAGUGGAUUGCGUUGAAUGUCAUGCCUAAAUUUUUGGGGCAGGCUCUAGCGAAGAUAGGUAGAAAGCGCUCACGCCGGCAGUUCACGAGGUUGGCGAUCCACAAUAUAGCAGCCAUGGUGACCCGAGAAAAAAAAUGUUGUGAAUCCCAUUGCGGUAAAUACAUUGAGUCGCCACUGACGAUGGGUGGAGUUGUGACCUGUAUGAGAGCACAACUUGAAUGCGGCGCUUCGGUCCGCCGCUGCAUACGCGAAAACGUCAUCUGAGAAUGAUACAUAGAACCUGUCAUGGAC